UUUGUCAAUUAUGUGGAAAAAAGAAACAAUUAUUCUAACUACUUGGAACCAUUAGAGAUCAUUGUGAAAGAAUGACAGGUUGUUCGUAAGGUCAUUCAUUUUAUAUCGUUUAACUUUGUAACGCGGAACGUAAAUAAGUGCAAAUAUUUAUACAGUUCUACGUUAGUGAAAUGGAGUGAUUUCGUAUGGAUCAUAUAAGGACAAAAAAUUAUGUUACUUCCCACGUACUCAUUCUAUUGCAGAUGCUAAGUCGAAUCUGAGGAGCAGUGAAGAUAACAAAACUGUUAAGUAUCUAACACAGUGAAAUGAUGAUGGAGUUGAGUCACAGUUUGACCCUCAAUGAGGAUGCCCUUAACCAAAUCCCAGAGGCUAAACGACCAGUAUUUAUAUUCGAAUGGUUAAGAUUUUUGGACAAGGUUUUAAUAGCUGCACAAAAGGUAUUAAUUAAAGUGUUGAAGCAAGUCGGCUUGAACAGUACCUGCAUUACAGGAUUGUACUUUAUAACAAUAUUGUAUUUGUAGUUUAUUGCAAGAUGUCUUGCCACUUUAUUCAGUGUCGGCGAUACAUUUUUGCUUUUUGAUACUGUCAACAAAUGUAAUGAUAUUCUCAGAAACAAGGAUGACUCGCCAAGUUUUCUCCCUACAAAAUUGGCUGCUAUAUGCUGUGUAGGAUGUAUGUAUGAAAAGUUAGGAAGAAUGAUGGGUAGGUCGUAUGAAGAGACUGUUCAAAUUCUAAUAAAGUCUUUGCGAUCUGCAGAAUCUCAGACACGAAUAGAAAUUAUGCAUACUCUUGAGAAGGUAUGUGCUGGCAUGGGAUCUGCAAUCACAAAUGUUCAUAAAGAAAUAUAUAAAGUUUCUAGACAUUAUCUCACGGACAGAGUAAUGGCAGUGAGAUGUGCUGCUGCAAAGUGUUUACUGGAAAUGUUAAACCAUGCUCCAUUUUUAUACACUACUGAAAUAGAGAGUGUUGCUACACUCUGUUUCCGAGCAUUUGAGGGCUCAAAUUAUGAAGUAAGAUGUGCUGUUGCGAAACUGUUAGGUACUUUAGUAGCAAUGACCCAACUUCCAGCUCCAAAGGGAAAGAAUCCUUCAGUGACGCAGAACAAAAGCUAUAAACAAAUUUCUCUUGACGAGGUAUUGAAUAUUUUGAUGGCUGGUUUCUUAAGAGGUGGGGUAGGCUUUUUAAAAGGUACUGGAGAAAUGAUAAAAGGAAGUUCCAGUAUUAAUAGAGAAGUCCGAGUUGGAGUUACGCAUGCGUAUGUGGUAUUUGUACAAAUGUUGGGAGGUUCGUGGCUUGAACGGAAUGUCGGUGCAUUAGUUGCACACGUGCUUGAUCUUGUGACCAAUCCAAAAGCUGCUAGCUCACAUGUCGAUGCCGUCUAUUCUCGAAAGUGUGUUAAUUUUAUAUUACAUGGUACUAUCGGAAAAUUAUUGGGCGAAGGGGCUCAAGCUGCUGCUUGCAAAGAAAUAGCACACAUUAUUCUGAAACAGAUGAAUUCUAUCGAUUUUAGUCCAGAAAACGCUAAAGACUGUAACCAAGAAACGUUGUUUAGUCAACAUCUAUUAGUUUGUGCGUUACAAGAAAUGGGGAAUUUAAUCUUAGGACUGGGCACAACAGCUUGUAAUUUAUUGUCCGACCAAUCCUUGAGUUUAAUUGAUACUAUUAUGGCUGUUUUGGUCCAUCCAUGUCAGGCAGCAAGACUUGCAGCCUCUUGGUGUUUGCGCUGUAUCUGUGUAGCAGUUCCAAGUCAAAUAACACCUUUGAUUGACCGGUGUGUGGACGGAAUUGAAAAUAUGCGCAGCUCGCCAGAAGCAAUAGCUGGAUACAGCAGUGCCCUGUCUGCGGUUCUUGGUAGUGUUCGUUUAUCACCACUCGGAGUUCCUCAUACGAAAGGAAAAAUAAUUUUCAAUACUGCAGAAGAACUUUUGAGAAGCGCAAGCCAAAAUAGUCGUUUGUCGUUAAACAGAACACAUGCUGGAUGGCUUCUAAUUGGAGCUAUAAUGACACUUAGUACGGCAGUAGUAAAGGGACUACUGCCUAGGAUGCUGUUAUUAUGGAGAAAUUCUUUCCCUCGUUCGACUAAAGAGCUAGAAAGUGAAAAAGCUAGAGGCGAUGCUUUUACUUGGCAAGUAACCUUAGAAGGAAGAGCUGGUGCUUUAUCAGCAAUGCAUAGUUUCCUGUUGCAUUGUCCAGAACUCUUAAAUGACGAUAUUACAAGACGACUUCUGACUCCAAUUGAAUCUGCGCUGGCAAUGUUAACGAAUUUAUCACCGGUGUUAAAAAAUUAUGGACAACAGCUGAAAGCUCCAGCGGCUAUGGUUCGCUUGCGUUUAUACGAAACAUUAUUAUUAUUGCCUCCUCAAACCUUCGAAGGUUCUUAUACGCAUCUUCUGAGAAUGUUGGUAUCAGAGUUUACGUUAACUGAAAAUCCUGGAAACACGACAACUUCAUUGUUACGUGCAGUGUGUCAUGCUAAUGAUUCAGUGAUCCUUGGUACAUGGUUGCAAGAAACGGAUCACCGUACAAUAGAGGAUCAAAUGGAACCAAACAGAAGGGCAGAUUUGGAACAUUUACAACCGAACAGUGCUGCAGGAUCUGGAGCAUUAGAGCACAAUCCAUGUUGUCUUUACAGACCAGUGCCACAAAAUGAAAUAAUUCCCGGUCCUCUACCAUUGGGUGUUGCGGUUAUCGACUUAUCGGUGUCGCUGUUCGGUCAAAUUUUCCCGCGAGUAGCCAAUAAGCAUAGAUUACAAAUGUUAGACCACUUUCGUGAAUGUAUACAGCAUACGAAAUCCGGUAGACAGGAAGCAAUUCAGAUGAAUGUUUUUACGGCUGUGUUGAGUGGAUUGAAGGGUCUGAACGAGGCGAAAACUGGAUUUGGACAGGAAGAUGUAAAAAAAUCUGCUACCAAUCUUAUUAUUAGUGCUCUAGUAAGCAGCAAUUCAAUACUGAGAUGGGCAGCCGGCGAGGCUGUCGGCAGAAUGGCCCAAGUGAUUUCCGAUCCUAAAUUCACAGCGGAAUUAGCACAAACGAGUUUCGAUCGAUUGAAAUCAGCUCGCGACGUUGCGAGUAGAACUGGUCAUUCUUUAGCUUUAGGGUGCCUUCAUAAGUAUGUGGGAGGUAUGGGAUCUAGUCAACAUCUCAACACGAGUGUCAGUAUUCUACUUGCACUUGCCCAAGAUAACUCGUCUCCCGUAGUGCAAGUAUGGGCAUUACACGCUCUCGCACUAAUAGCUGACUCUGGUGGACCAAUGUUUCGGGGCUACGUUGAACCUACGUUGUCUUUAGCGUUAACUCUUCUUCUCAAUGUUCCUCAUUCUUAUAUCGAUGUACAUCAAUGUAUAGGAAAAGUAUUAUCAGCGCUUAUUACAACAAUAGGACCAGAAUUGCAAGGUAAUACAUCGACAAUAUGUAUGGCCCGUUCGUCGUUUUUGUGUGCUUGUGCUAUCAUGCAAGAUCAUCAAGAUCCUCUUGUACAAGCGGAAGCGACCGGAUGCCUUCAACAGUUGCAUUUAUUUGCACCGAGACAUGUUAACCUGUCUUCUCUCGUUCCUACACUAUGCCGAACAUUGUCGAGUAAUCACCUACUGUUACGCAAAGCCGCAAUAUCUUGCCUUCGUCAGUUGGCUCAACGAGAAGCGAAAGAAGUAUGCGAGCAUGCGAUGACGUUAGCUAACGAGAGUCGGGACACCAAUAUGGUGGAAGGCCUUGUUAUAACAGAAACUGGUCUUCCUGGUGUUUUGUUCAGCAUGCUAGACACAGAGACCGACAGUAAAUUAAUCAAAGAUAUCCAUGACACGUUAACCAGUAUGCUGCAAAUUUUGGCGGCGGAUAAUCUGUCGCAAUGGUUGUCUUUGUGCAAAGACGUCCUUACUAUAGCGUCAGAAACGUGUAGCAAUGAAGAAGUGAAUACCAUCAAUGUGGAAGAUAGCGCUGCGGACAAUGACAAUGCAGACGCAGAAGGAGAUGACGAUCAAGCCGAGUUCCAUGCAGAUGAAUCCACAAAGCAACGACCAACCAUCACGCCGAGGUGGCCAACUAGAGUUUUUGCAGCGCAGUGUGUUAGAAGAAUCGUAGCCGCUUGCGUGAACAAUAAACAGGCCCAUUUUGAUUUGGCUUUAGCUAAGGAAAUGCAGCUGUCUAAAGGAAAAAGCGAUUUCCUGGUAUUGCAUCUUUCUGAUUUGGUACGAAUGGCGUUUAUGGCUGCAACCAGUGACUGUGAUCCUUUGAGGCUCGAGGGUCUGAAAACCCUCCAAGAGAUUAUAGAUAAGUUCGCGAAAGUUCCUGAACCAGAGUUUCCUGGCCAUCUGUUACUCGAACAGUUUCAAGCACAAGUUGGAGCCGCAUUGAGGCCCGCGUUCUCAGCAGAAACAGCAUCACACGUCACAGCUGCAGCUUGCCAGGCCUGUAGCGCUUGGAUUGGAAGUGGAGUUGCUAGAGAUUUGAAUGAUCUUCGUAGAGUGCAUCAAUUGCUUGUAUCCUCUUUGGAGAAAUUAAGAGAAGGGCAUACGCGUGCGCAACUUUAUAACGAAAGUUUGUUGACGCUCGAAAGAUUGGCAAUAUUGAAAGCUUGGGCGGAGGUGUAUGUCGUUGCUAUGAUAAGGGAUGGCGCAGCAUUAAACAGUAAAGACACAUUUAACCAGAACGCAAACCAGGUUGAUGAUGGAAAUGAUGAAGAUUUCGGGAAGUUUGAAUUUCAGACAGAAAGUCUAUUAAGUUUAGUGCAACCAGAGUUGUUGAGUUUAAGUCAGUAUUGGUUAGCCGCUCUGAGAGAUCACGCUCUACUUUCUUUACCACCAGAAUUUUCUAGUCAGUUACCACAUGAUGGCGGUGCUUUCUAUACAACAGAUACAAUGGAUUCGGCUCGACCUCAUUACGCGGAAUCAUGGGCACCAAUUCUUCAUGCUGCGACUCUUUGGUUAAAUGCAAAAGGCUUCGGGUUAGAGGAAACAAUGACUGAAGUGCAAACUUCGAAUGCAGCAAAUAAUAAUAAUAAUAACAACGACGUGUCUGCUAAAACUAAUACUAAUGUCGAACGUUUCCAUUUAUUGUUUGGUAUAUGCAUGGAAGCUCUGUGCAGCCCACGAACUUCGGAAUCUUCACAGAAUAUAGAAACAUGUUUGAACGCUUUGUACACUUUAUUAGACUCUGCAUGGGCUCGUAAAGUAUUGAUUACAGAUCGUUCCUUGCCAAUUGAACUGUGUAAUGUUCUUCAUCGGAUGUUACUAACGAGAGAAAGUUAUGUUAUCCAGAUGAUAGUAAUGGAAGUUUUAAAACAAGUGAUGAAAGCUGCACAAGAAGAUCUAGCAGAAAGGAAGACAAACAAAUUGAAAGAAAUUACACCUGCACAGGAGGAAAGUAAUGAAAUUCAAGAUGUAGAUCUGUUAGGAGAAGGGGAAGAAGGUGGUGAGCUUGUGCCAGGCAAAUCUUUGGUGUUUGCUAUUCUGGAAGUGUGCUUGUGCCUUUUGGUUCGUCAAAUACCAGCGUUGAAUCCGAAUCCUGGCGGUACAACUGCAAUUUUAUCCCAAAGAGGAUACAUGCCGUCCGAAGAAAGUGGAAAGCUGAUAGCAGCUGCGCUUAGUACAAUGGAAUCCCUUCCUAACCUUUGUUCGCCUCAAGGAGCUAUAGCAAUUCUUCCUACAUUACUGUACCUCGCAACUGGAGUAAUAAGAGAAACUGCAGUACGCACAGAUAAUGAGUGCAAUAAAACAGGGUCUGAAAUACCAGUUCAUGCAGCUUUACACUGUAUGAAAAAUCUUACUACAAAUAAAUACGCGCAGGAUCACAGAAGUCAAGAACAGUGGACGAGUCUUUUGCAAAGCGCUUUGGCCAAGAUCAUUGAUCUUGCUAAAACAGGAAACGACGAGACAAAAAUGGACGAAGUGGCGAUGAUAUUAGGUAUUGCAGUAUUUGUUCUUCAUGCUUCUCCGGAAGUCGUAAGUGCGCCGAACCUGCAGUUCCCGUGUAUCAAUCAUUUUAGGCAUGCAUUCCAAUCAGAAAAUACAAUGGUGAAAUUAAAAUGUGUGCAAACAUUGAGAACAAUAUUUUUGCAUCCAGAACGUGUAAUCAGCACACCUUAUAUUCAUGCAUUAGCCCCCAGAUUGGUGGAGUAUCUAUAUAACGAUAAGAGCAAACAAGUUGCAGAUGAUUUAGAAUUAUCGUUCACCUUAGAAUGCAUUAGCACUGUUGAAGCCCUCAUAGGACUCGCUGAUCUUUCUCAUCGUAUACAGAUGCUAACGUUACUUGUGCCAAUCCUGAUUAACUAUUUACUAGAAGGAGAACAACUUCAGCAUGCUUCCAAGUAUCAGUUAAGUCUGCAUCAACAGAGUUUUCAAUGGCUAAAUAAGAUAGGACCAAAAUACCCUCAGGAAUUCAAAACAUUAAUGUCACAAUCUACAGAACUGAAAACAAAGUUAGAAAAUGCUGUGAGAUCCUCUCAUCAACAAGCACAAAGGCACAACAGACCAAUAGAUCUUGUGAAGCCACAGGUUAAGAUUUCCACACCAUCUAUUAAGCUGAAAACAGAUUUUUCAAAUUUCAACUAA